AUGGCAACACCGCAAGCUACUUUGCCAACCCCGACUGAGGUCUUUGAGGACGAGCACAAGGAGUCGUUUGGCUCUGACGAGGUUGUCGCCGCACAUAUCGUGGUCAAAGAAGGUGCCGUCGUCGCCGGUGGAAACAUCGACUAUGCGCGUCUUGAAGCUGAAUAUAAGUGGAAGGCUUGGAGUUGGAAUGCAAUCAGGCUCUAUAUAUGCCUUGUCAUCCCGUACUGUUGCUCCAUGGCGAACGGUUUUGAUGGAUCUAUCAUGAGUACUAUCAACACGAUGAGCCAGUACUUAGGCUAUUUUGGCCUGCAUGAAGUUGGUGCAUCGACCAGCAUUGUUUUCAGCAUAUAUAACGUGGGCAACAUGGUCGGCGCCCCAUUCUCCGGAAUUGCUACUGAAAAGCUUGGGCGUCGUGGUGGAAUGUUUCUUUACGCAUUUUUUGUCUGGAUCGGCAUUGGCCUAAUCGUAGGCGCGAAGACUCAGGCUAUGUUCAUCGGAGGUCGGUUCGUGCUGGGAUUUGGUAUUGCGUUUGCUACAUGCGCGGCGCCUACCUAUGCUACCGAAAUCACUCCUCCUACAUGGCGUGGUCGUCUAGCGGGUCUAUACAAUACAUUCUAUCAGGUCGGCAGUGUCGUUGUCACUGGCAUCAUGGUGUCAAGUACGAAUUUUACGAGCUCUUGGGCCUUCCGACUCCCCCUCCUGCUCCAGCUGAUCCCAGCAUGUAUUGUUGGCCUCUUCGUUUUCAUGCCUUUCAUAAAAGAGAGUCCGCGGUGGCUUAUGGCCCAUGGACGUGAGGAAGAGGCAUUGAAGAUUAUCAUCGACUUUCAUGCUGAUGGAGACCCCAAUCACCCCAUUGUAGAGCUUGAGAUGCGCGAAAUUCGCGCUUCCCUUGCCGAAGAAGACAUGCUAAAGCAAGAGUGGUGGGACUGGUCCUGCCUGUGGAAGAACACUGAGUUCCGUUGGCGAUCCUGGAUGAUGGUCAUCAUGAGCUUCUUUGGACAAUGGUCAGGCAACGGUCUGGGCUACUUCACACCAGUACUGUACGAGAACGUAGGAAUCACGGAUCAGAACCGCCGCGUGGUCCUUAGUUUCAUUGGGACAUUCAUCUCAUGGUUCGGUGCCGUCUCAGGAGCAGCUACCACAGAUUGGUUCGGUAGGCGUGGGCGUCUCAUUUGGGGCACUUUGGUGCUCUGCAUUACACUGGCCCUAAUCACCCUUCUCACUGGUCUAUAUGGAUCAACCGGCGUUCACAACAUAGCGGGUUCUAAUGCUGCCAUUGCUUUCAUCAAUUUGUUCAGUGGCUUCUUUUCAUUUGCCUACACACCGUUGCAAUCCCUCUACUGUGCGGAGUGUUUGCACUAUACUCAGCGCGCAAAAGGCAUGGCAAUGCAUGGGUUCCUCGGCAAUGUUGCCCUUUUCGUCAACACUUAUGGUAUUCCCAUUGCCCUCGCGAAUAUUGGGUACAAGACAUACCUCAUGUACGUUGGCUGGACAGCUCUUGAAGUUGUUGUCUGGUACUUCUUUGCCGUCGAGACAAGAGGGUUCACUAUCGAAGAGCUCGACGAAAUUUUCAAGUCGCCCAACCCAAUAAGGGCAUCCAUGCGACGCGUCAAGCUGAAGGUCAACCGUGGUCACCUUGAGAAAGUUGACGGAGAGACCGAUACACCCUCAGCAGCUUGA